UUGAAAAGCAUUAAAAUUGUACCAUACCUUAUAUCGAAAUAUUUUCGAAAUCUUUAUUUUCCCUGUAUUUCCAGAAAAUAUUCUCGGAUUUGCAAUUCUAUUUUUUAUCAAAUACGACUUGUGUUAUCAAUACAGCAGUGGCAGGAAUUUCAAAUGGAUUUAACAAAUAUAUGCCGUGCCUGUUUGUCGUCGGAAGAUCGGGAGCAUCUGCUAGACUGGUAUCAGCCCGUUGACUCUUUGGAUAUAUCAUACAAAGAGUGUUUUUGUAAAUGUACACAAAUUAAUUUAAGUUUGAAAGACGAUCCAAAUCACAGUGUAGAUCCAAAUGAGCUCGAUGAUACCCGAAUGCAAUAUCUAUGCUUUGAUUGUGCCCAAAAACUUAAAGACGCCUAUGAUUUUAUUGAAAAGGCGAGAAGGGCUGAUAAUGAAUUACGUCGCACACAAACGGAAAAAGUGAAGAUAGAAAGUAUAGCCAAAACCUUUGAAUGGGUUCCAGUACAUGAAGAGCUAAUGGAAGUAAAUAAGCCGCCAGAUCCUGUAGAUAUGGAUCACAUGGAUGAUAUAAAAGUACCACCAUCUAUGGAUGUCGAACACGAAAUAAAUAUUGAUAAAAAAAGGAGUGUCAGUACAACAAUGUUUCUAAUUGAAUCGGAUAAGGAUAUGCAGAGGUGCAAUAACUUGAAUGAAGCCGGGCUGGUCUUAUCGAAAAAAAGUAAACGACUCAACCUUGCUCAUACAAGACCGAAAAAUGUAAAGACAAACGAAGUAAAAUCGGAGGUGAAAACGAAAAAGGAAGUCAAAGACAUGUCUGAGCCUGCGAAGUGCGAAGAAUGUGGGAAAAUCAUGAAAAGAAGCUCAUUAAAGCAACAUAAGCAACGUCAUAAACCAAAACCUUUUCUUUGCCAGGCUUGCCCAAAAACUUUUAUGGAGUUCAGUGCUCUAAAAAAUCAUGAGCUCAGUCACAAUGGGAAACGAGAAAGAUUUCCGUGCGAUAUAUGUAACCAAAGCUUCGUAACUCCGUACACUUACAAGAAACACAAAUUGACACACGAAAACAACCGCAAACCAAUAUAUCAAUGUUCGCAGUGUGAAAAAUCAUUUCUUCAAAAAAAUGGCCUUACAAACCACGAGCUCCAUCAUAAGGGAGUUACGAUAGAAUGCCAAAUUUGUCAAAAACGUUAUGUGCGACAAAUUGACCUAGAUGUUCAUUUACGCACUCACUCUGGAGAAUCGCCAUUUUCGUGUCACCUUUGUGAAAAAUCGUUUAUACACAAACGUAUUCUAAAUAGGCAUAUGCAGAAUCAUGGAUAUUUCAGUUACAAGUGCUUGAUAUGUGGUUCUAAAUUCUCCAAAUAUGAUCAAUAUCAUAAUCAUCGCAUGCAACACACUGGAUUACCUUAUAAAUGUGGCGUUUGUGAAAAGCAGUUUCCAGAUACUUACAAGUUAGUAAUAAAAACUAAGCGUCAUAUAAGAGGCGUGCACAAAAUUGGAGAAGACAAGGAGAUGCAGAAACUCGUUGUAAGAAUAAAUAUAACAAAAGAAUAUAGAGGACGAAUAGUCGAAGUUUUGGAGAAACCAGAUGAUGAUAAACCAACUUAGUACGAUAUUCAUGGGAUUUUAUUUUAUUAAAUUUUAUGUAAUAAAAUGCCAUUCAAAUCAAAAUGGUAAAAGGUGUUUUUCUCAAUUUUCUAAAUAUUUAAGGGGAUGUCUUUAAGAUGUCGACUUACAUAUAAUAUGCACAUACUAGGACAUUCAAUCACGAAG